CCUAUUGGAUCAUUAUAUUACAUAAUGUUGGCCUUCUGGAAUGUCAAUAUAUCACAAGGACUGAGCUGAUGCUGCUGGACUAUUGCUGCCUCAGUAGAAAGGUUACAAGCAUCAAGUUCCAAAAAUUGACCGUCAUUCGCACUGGGUUUGGGUGCCACUCAUAUCCUGCAUUCCCCACAACUUAUGUCUGGAAAACUUCAUGAGAUUCAGACUAUUUUCAGUUUUGCUGUUUCCAUUUACGUCCUGCUGUCUCAUCAGGUUGCAUUCCCUCUUCUUCUUUUGUUUACCACGUCCUCUUUCCUCUCACGCAGAAAUGCCUGACAUUGAGACGAAGAAAUUAUCUGUUUGAUCGAUGGUUUUUUAUUGGCACCCAGGUGGGAAGGAAGCGCCAGAAAGGCCUGCGAGCAACGUAACAUGGCUGAGUCGCUGCUUCUCCCCGUGGCCGGCAAGGCCGCCGCCGUGCUCGUGCAGAGCGUCACCCGCAUGUGGGGCGUCGACGACGACCGCCGCAAGCUGGAGCACCAGCUGGUGUACGUGCAGUGCUUGCUGGCCGACGCCGAGGUGAAGAGCAAGACAAACCACGCCGUCGGGACGUGGACGAAGGAGCUCAAGGCCGUCGCCUACCAGGCCGACGACGUCCUCGAUGACUUCCAGUACGAGGCGCUGCGUCGUGAGCCCCUGAGCGGCCGGUCCAUGGCAUGGCAAGCAAGGUACCGAGCAGCUUCACCUCAAAGAAUCGACUUGUGUUCCGUCAUAAGGCGAGUAGGGACCUCAAGGACGUUCUCGACAAGAUCGACGAGCUGGUGAUCGAGAUGAGCAAGUUUGGUGAUCCAUUCAGCACUGGACGAUUCUACAGAAACACUUUGAGUUGAAGAUGUGGCACUUUGCGUCAGAAAACUUCGAACCUAUUGCUCUUGUGAGAUCUGUAAUUGAGUUGGCUACAAAUAGCGGAUGUGACCUGCCUGACACCAUUGAGCUGUUGCGCGGGCGACUGCAGGAAGCUAUUGGCCGGAAAAGGUUCCUACUCAUUCUCGACGAUGUGUGGAACGAAGAGCAACACAAGUGGAAGGACAAUCUGAAGCCGCUAGGGAAAAUCACUGAUAAAAGAUAUAUAUCACAUGCAAGUGUCAUGGCAUGAGUUGGACGAAAUCAGAGGAUUACUGAAAGGCAGAUCAUCUCAACGUACUUUAUUAACCCGAUUAGAACACAGGCAUCUUAAGGAGUUAAAACUGAUGUCAUUAAGAUCAUUGUGUUGUGAAAAUCUCUCUAUUAUCCAUAACCAGCUUAUAAGUACAACACAUUGUGGCUUCCGACUCGCAAACGGCUACCGAAGAGCAUCAGAUGUGGUUUCUAUUCCCUCUUCAUUCUUGGGAGCUGGUGUUUAUGGAAGGAGACAAACCAACGAAUCUUUAAACGUUCGGCAAUGUUACCGGGCGACCUGAGCAGAAGGAUCAUGGAUGAAGGGCGCUACUGGAUGAUGGCCGAAAAUCGGCGGUUGGUGGAGCUCCUCCAUGCUUAGUUUGCGUUCCCCGUUUGCAAUAGGUCGUUUUUUAU